AUGUCAAUUAAAGUGAAAGACCGCUCUUGGACUCAUCGAGGUGCUCGCCUUAGGGGAGUCAAGUCACUCACUUCACGGCUGGGUUUUCGAUUCAUCAUUUUCGCCGCGCUAGUCACCAUUUAUCAUUGUUUGGAUCUUCAUAUUCGCUAUCGAAACUCUAUGCGAGCCAAGUAUUCGGCCACGCAAUUCACGAAAAACACCGGUUACUAUGAAGCUGAUCUCAGUAGGCCAAGCUGGGAGACAGGCCGUCAAUCAGAACCCCUUGAGCGUGUGAUCUUGUUAGAGAACAAGAAAAACUGGAAGAGACUUGGAGGAGGUCGAGAGGGGGAAGUGUUCAUUUACAACAACUCGGUCAUCAAAGUUUAUGACGAGGAAAGCAGCCCCUUUCGAAACUGCAUGCAGAGCAUAUCGGGUAACCCCAAAAGAUGGCCAACGGAAAUUCCUGCGAGUCUUAUCAUGGGAGGCCAUGACGAAAGCCUUUCCGCUUUGAACGACGAUUCACAAAAGGACAUGUUUGUCCCAGUCAAGGACUAUUUCCUGGCAGCCUCAGGUUCAUUGCAGUCACCUAAAUGGCAUUUAGUUACCCCUUUCUAUAAGGAAGGUACCCUAUCCAAGCUCGCAAAGAAACUACGGACCUCAGAUAACCCGCCGUCAUAUCACGAAAUUGACAUGAUGUUUCGCCCAUCAUUCGAGUCUCUUUUGUCGGCAUUGGAUCAUCUUCAUCAGACGCACAAUCUUUGCCAUGACGAUAUCAAAAUGGACAACAUAUUUGUGGCCUCAGAACAUGAUCCCAGACGAUGGAAAGUCGGCGAUCUCGGUAAUGCUCGUGAGCCAGAGCAUCCAUAUCACUUCACUCCGCUUUGGACCGCCGACACUCCGCAGCUGCGUGACUGUCGAGCAAACGACGCAUUGCGGCUAGUCAAAUCCUACUUAAAGUUUGUUCGUAUCGCCAGUGGAAACCCGGAAGACUUUGACGUCGCGUUUUUCCAAGGAGUUGAGCCAGUGAGCAGAUUAUACUGGACAAUGGCCUUGGAUAAGUCUUUCAUCCUGGCAGAAGAUGCCAGACAACUAUCGAGAGCGUUUCCUCCUUUGAGAGAUGAUGAUUCCGCGUGGUGGGCUGGAAUGGACUCUGUCAAGGUCAAGGCCGCUCAUAGCGGUGUGAACGCACUGAUCACAGCCUUGGUUGGCUGGAACGUUUCUUUGGGAAGGGCAGUGACUGAGGAGUUAAGAGUCGGCGCGAAGGAGGUAUUGGGACAGAUGCUCGGGCUUACUGGUAUCAUGGGAGUUCCUAUCAGCCCAUGUCAAACUGUUUGA